CCCCCAGUGACACAUGGGACGUGUUGCCAGCAGGUGGUGUGUGUGAUCCCUGGGCCUCGGUCACUGAUUGGAGUGUCCCAUUGACGUAGGGAUAAGUGCCGAGGAACAUUCUGUAUCAGUGUGCCGCCAGUUGUGAUACACCGUGCGAUAUUCAUCCCGCGGGACUUUGUGCGUCAAGAAGAUGAGCGACAUGGAUGCAGGAAAGCCUAACAAAUCGUAUAAGUGAGACAUGAGUGGUCUGUGGGAAGCCGCGUCUAAGGGCGUAGCGGGGGCGAAGGAUACCGCAAGCACACUGGAGGCAGCGGCGGGGCGCGUGUCUGAGGGCACAGCUCAAGUGAUGGCAGGUGGGAAGAGUGUGAUGACCUCAGCCGUUGAAGGAGCGGAGGGCGUGGCAUCAUCCGUCACCGAGGGUGCCCGACUUGUGGGAUCUGCGGUAGACACGGCGGGAAGUGCCCUACAGCAGACCAGGGGCGCUCUCGGUAACCUGUCCCUACCCGUCACCGCAGAGGCCAAGCCGAAAAGCAUGUUGGAGGAGUACGCCCCGGUAAUGGGUGGCGUGGUGGCGGCGGCGGCGGUGGUGGCUGCUACCUACUACCUGACGCGCCCGCCCUCAGUGCCGCCCAUGGUAGACCUUAACGAGCAGAGCCACCUGGUGAAGGAGGGGAGCGAACUGAUCAGAGUGUCCAAGCUGUCCAAGGAGGCAAAGGAGACCAAAUUCAUGAAGUAUGUGUACGAGGACACCCGCACUCUCUACGAUGUGUUCCGGCGAGGGGUGAGGGAAUCAAAUAAUGGCCCUUGCCUGGGUUACCGCGAGGGACCUGGCAAGCCGUACCAAUGGCUGCAUUACAAUGAGGCUCUCCUGAGGGCUAAGAACUUUGGGGCAGGUCUGGUUUCCUUGGGCCUUCCUCCAGGGCCUGACACCUUCGUGGGUAUCUACUCUCAGAACUGUCCGGAGUGGAUCCUGACAGAGCAGGGCUUGUAUUGCCAAUCCAUGGUGAUUGUGCCGCUGUAUGACACCUUGGGGCCAGAAGCCUGCAACUUCAUCAUCAACCAGGCUUCCAUCACAACGGUGGUGUGCCAAGAUGACCGCAAGAUGGCUCAGGUGCUGCAGAGUCCCCCCAAGUGUUUGAAGAUACUCAUCGCAAUAAGGGACAUCAGCGCUGAGACCUCCGAGCGGGCCAAGAAGUUAGGCAUUACCAUAAAAUACUUUGAGGAAGUGGAAACCAUGGGUGCAGCCAGCCAGCUUCCUGAACUACCACCAAGGUCUGAUGACCUCUGCACCAUAUGCUACACCUCCGGUACGACUGGCAACCCAAAGGGCGUUAUGCUUACUCAUGAAAAUAUAGUUGCUGAUGUGUCGGCAACUCUUCUGCAGCUGGCGGAACACAAGCCACACAAGAGUGAUGUGUUGCUAUCCUUCCUUCCACUGGCACACAUGCUUGAGCGUUGCUGUGAGGUUGCCGUGUACAUUGCUGGUGGUGCUGUAGGCUUCUAUUCGGGAGACAUUCGGAAUCUUGUUGACGACUACAAGGCGCUGCGUCCGACCAUUACCCCGUCCGUCCCUCGUCUCCUCAACAGAGUGUACGAUAAGGUCACAUCUGCAGUGAAUGGAUCUGCAGUAAAGAAACUUAUGUUGAAAAUGGCAUUGGCAAGCAAAAAAUCAGAACUUGAGAGGGGUGUGAUAAGAAGAACCUCCAUAUGGGACAAGCUUGUGUUCAAGAAGGUUCAGGAGGGCAUGGGGGGCCGCCUGAGGUUAUUGGUGGUGGGGUCAGCGCCCCUGGCUGGCAACGUCCUUACCUUCAUGAGGGCUGCACUUGGCUGUGUGAUUGUUGAGGGCUAUGGACAGACUGAGUGUGGGGCUCCUGCCACCUUAACCAUCCAGGGUGACUACAAGCCAGACCACGUGGGUCCUCCCAUCGCCUGCAAUGCAAUCAAGCUGGUCGAUGUCCCAGACAUGGAUUAUUUUGCAUCUCAGGGACAAGGUGAAGUGUGUAUCAAGGGCACCAAUGUGUUCAAGGGUUACUUCAAGGACCCAGACAAGACUCGAGAAACACUGGACGCUGCGGGGUGGCUCCACACAGGCGACAUUGGCCAAUGGCUGCCUAAUGGCACAUUAAAAAUAAUUGACCGCAAGAAGCACAUAUUCAAGCUCUCACAAGGUGAAUACAUCGCACCGGAGAAAAUAGAAAAUAUAUAUGUUAGAUCACAAUAUGUAUCCCAAGUGUUUGUGCACGGAGAGAGUCUCAAGUCAAGUGUGGUGGCUAUCGUGGUGCCGGAGGUGGAGUCUGUGAAGGGGUGGGCCCGGGAGCAGGACAUCCCCGGCACGCUGUCUGUGCUCUGUGCCAACCCACAUGUCAAGCAGCUAAUAAUGGAUGACAUCACCAACCUCGGCAAGGCAGCUGGUCUCAAAUCCUUUGAGCAGGCUAAGGACAUCUACCUUCAUCCAGAUCUGUUCAGCGUGCAGAAUGGCCUCCUCACCCCAACCCUCAAGUCCAAGAGGCCACAACUCAAAAAGUAUUUCACCCCACAAAUUGAUGACAUGUAUGCCAAGCUUCCCUAGAGCUCUGGCCGAGGUCACCUAGCAUAUUUGUUACUUAAUGAAAUGGUGAAUGUGUGUGUGUGUGUGUGUGUGUGUGUGUGUGUGUGUGUGUGUGUUUUGAGUGUAAGAAGUUGAAAAGUGGAAGAGUGAGUUUUGAAUGAGUGGAAGUGUUUGACUUGUGCCUCAUAUUACCUGUAUUAGACAAUAUGUUAUGUUGAAAGUAGGAAAGAUUCUCAUCAUUAUUUAUUUGAAGUACAUAAUUAUGGUUAUGCUUGGGAGAUUGUUAUAAAACACAUUCAUAGUGAAUACCAAUGGUUCACUAGCUUUGACAUGGUUGUAAUAUUAUAGGUCAAAACAAGUGAAAAUUUAUAAGUGUAAGUAGGAAGGUCACCUUCUAUAAAUAGUUUGCAGUGGUUAACACAUUUAUCUACAACAGCUUCAAUGUUUUAAUGUAUGGCUUAUAAAUUUUUCUGAGCUUCAUUGUAAAAUUGGAAAAAAAUGUCACUUAUUAAGGAAACCCAUGUAAAGUUUUUAUGAAUAAAUGCCAGCUGUUUAGGUGCCAGAAUGCAAGUGUUCAUUGAAAAUUUUGAAAUAUUAUGUCAAGUUUACUCCAGUUUCCAUAGAUUUUGUAAUGUGCAAUAAAACUAAUAAUGUAAUAAUUCAUAUAUGACUAUAAAUUUAAAGUGAUCAAAUCCAAACACAUACACACAUAUACAUGUACACACACACACACACACACACACACACACACACACACACACACACACACACACACACACACACACACACAUGCACCAUGAUUUUGUAAUCUUCCAACUUAGACAUUUUCAAAGUUAUGAAUAGAUAACUACAAAUAAUGAAUAGAUUUUAAAAUUCUCUAUUUUGGAAGAUACAUCCCAGUUUUGGAAGGACAAUUUAAUGAAAAGAGUUGUCUUCCAUCAUCUGUCAUCUGUACUGAAUCCAUGUCACUCAAUACACAUGCAGUUAUGCAGAUAAAUGCUACUGCUGCCUCACAUUCCCUGCCAGGGCUUUAUACUGAACAGCUGUAUGGGGAGCUUGGCUUCUAAACAUAAAGGCAACUUACUUGUGAUAACUGAGGCACCAUGAAGCCACACUAAGAAUGCUCUUAUACUUAGACAGAAUACAAGGCCAUACUAACUUUAAAUAGAUCAGUUUCAUUGGUGACCACCGUGAGGAACCAAAAACCUCAGGUCACCCAAGGCAGCUUCACAACAAUCAUAGCAUUUGUAACGCUAUUUACUUUUUCCCAUUGAUCAACCUCCCUGUGAUGGCUGACAUUUUGGUGAAAGUUACUUUGUUCUUGCCAAAAGUUUUUUCUAAGUCAAACAAUUUUUAUUAAUGUAGAUAAAGGGGAAAUUUCAUUUGCAUUUUGGUGAUGCCUUAAAUCCCUUAGUACUUUUACAUAUUAUCUAUUGAUAUACAGUAUAUCUGCAUGUUUGUCAUACAAUACCUAUGUCACAAAUCUAUUAUAUAUAGUAUUUUUCAUGUUUCAUGACAUUUUAAGGAUGUCAUUUAUACUCAACAAAAUGUGUCCUGACAAACAUGAUGUAUUUGUCAAGAAAAUAUCUGAUUUACAUGUUCUUUUUUUUUUUAUAUUUUUUGAAGAACUUAAAUGAUUCAUAAAUUGUGGUUAACCUGUAAGCACACACACACACACACACACACACACACACACACACACACACACACACACACACACACACACACACACACACACACACAGUGAAAAAGAUCCCUCUUAGUUAUGAAAACAUUGUACAGCUUUCCAAUGUAAAGUAAAUGACUAGCAUGGUCUCUCUUGGCGAGUGAAAGCAUCAGGCGGCCCAAAAGUCAGUUACUGUGUGUACCUACUGAGUGAGGUGAUUAGAAGUGUACAUUUUCAGCCUCAUAUUUCACAAAUAUUGAUGUAAGAAUGUAUCUGUGGGAGGGGUAUUCUAGUCAGAUUCCUGAAUUAGUAAUAUCAAAAGUGCAAGAUGUUAUCAAGCAUUCAGUUCUGUGGUUGUAUGUUUAUAAGCUUCAUAUGAGGUUACUUGUAAAUGUUACAAAUAACAAGCUCUAAGGUUUUCAGCUCUCGCACCGGCAUGUAUGUGUACAGUACUCACAGUCUCAUUUUAUCAAAUUUACUUGGACUUCUGGUGACCACAGGCAGCAAUAAUUGUUACUAGGAGCUGGGGAGGGAAGUAGAAUGGGAAAAGGGAAAUGAAUCAGUUGUUCUUUAGUUAUCCUUUACCUAUAAAUGACUUCAAAAUCAAACAGGUACUAUAUUUUACUCUAUGAAAAUAUUCGUUUGUAAUAUCAUAGUCUGUUUGAAGAAGUCCAUAAUUAUUUCCAAUAAAUUUGAUAAUUG